CCCGCGCUUCGCCCGCGCCUCGCCCGCCUCGUCCGCGCGCGCGCAGGGCGCGAAUCACCGCCCGCGCUCGCUCGCGAAGACUCUCCUCGAGGCCUCUCGCGCCUCGCCCUUCGUCGAUACCCGACGCGUCGUCGUCGUCGUCGUCGUCGUCGUCGUUCGUCGUUCGUCGCUGACAUCGAUCGAUCGACCUGAUCCGCGAGGACGGGCGCCUCGACGCCGCGCGCCAUGAGCGACCUGGACUCGUACAGCGACGCGUCGCACGGGUCGCCGUACCUCACGACGCCGCCGCCGGCCGCGCGCGAAUUCCACCGCGCGCGCCCGCGCGCGGACCCGUCCUCCCCCGGGGACGACUAUCACAGCGCGAGAGCCGCGAACAGCGUCAACGAGAGCGCUGCUUCCACGGUCGCGGACGACGACGCCGGCGUCGCGAACGAGUGGGCGAGGCGCGUCCGAUCGCUCUUCCCGACCGGCGAGCUCGAGCGCGGGCGGAAGGACGACGUCGCGCUCGCGGAGAACGCGAUCGCGGCGAUGCGCCCGGACGAGCCGCGCGCGCGCUUCGCCGGCGUCGAGGGCGGCGGCACCACGUGGGUCUGCGCCGUCGCGGAGGGCGAUCCCGACGCGAUCGUCGCGCGCGCCGAGUUUCCGACGACGACGCCGAGCGAGACGUUGGCGCGCGUGAAGAAGUGGCUGGACGCGAGGCACGAGGAGGCUCCAUUCGACGGCCUCGGGAUCGCGACGUUCGGGCCGCUGUGUCUGGACGUCGCGAGCUCGCGGUACGGGACCAUCACGCACUCGCCCAAGCCGGGGUGGACGCGCGUGGACGUGUUGAAGCGGCUGUCGAGCGGGUUCGACUGCCCCGUCGCAAUCGACACCGACGUCAACGCGCCCGCGGCGUCGGAGCUCGCCGACCUCAAACGCGACGCCAUCGAAGCCGCGGACGGCGACUUCACCGCCGCCGACGCGAUGCAAAACCUCGCGUACGUCACCGUCGGCACCGGCGUCGGCGUCGGGAUCAUCGUCGGCGGCGAGCCCGUGCACGGUCUCGUGCACCCGGAAGCCGGCCACGCGAGAGUCGCGCGGUUUCCCGGCGACGGCGAAAAGGGCGCGCCCGGCGCCUUCGUCGGCGCGUGCCCGUACCACGAGGACUGCGUCGAGGGGAUGUGCUCCGCCGCCGCGGUCGCGAAGCGAUGCGGCGUCGCCGUGAGCGAGCUCUCGAACGUCGCGGACGACGACGACGCGUGGGACGCGACCGCGCACUACGUCGCGGGGCUGUGCGCGAACCUCAUCCUGACGACGUCGCCGCAGAGAAUCGUCCUCGGCGGGGGCGUGCUGCAACGACGCGCGCUCGUCUCGAAGAUUCGCGUCCACGUCAAGGCGCAGCUCGGCGGGUACGUGAAGCACGACAUGGUGAACACGCGCGCGGGGCUCAGGGAGCUGAUCGUGAGCAGCAGGAGAGGGAACGACGCCGGGGUGGUGGGGGCGUUGACGUUGGCGAAGGGGGCGGCGGAGAAGGCGCGCGGACGCGGCGGCGGCGGCGGCGGCGCGGCGGCGGCGGCGGCGCGCCGCGGGAACGGAGGACGGCGGAAGGGGUGGCGCGCGCACCUCGCGCACUUCCUCGUGGGGACCGUCUGCGCGCUCGUCGGCGCGAAGUUUGGGGUCCGGAGAGAAGAGCGGAAGGUGGACGCGAGCGUCGGCGUCGCGAGCGCGGAGGCGGCGGCGGAGGAGGAGGACGCCUCGGAGGCGUCCGAGUCUGAUGAAGUGUAAGUUGUUAGACUUGACGCGCGGGACGAUGAUGAUGUCACGUCACGCGAAUCGUCGCACCGA